AUGGGUGGUGCAGGAUGGCUCUUCCUUUUCUCAGUGCUCAUGGCUGCUGGGCUGCUGUUUACGAUGGUCUUUUUUAUUAUCAUGUUCUCCGACCUGGAAUGCGAUUAUAUCAACCCAAUAGACCUAUGCAACAAGCUCAACCAGUUCGUCCUGCCCGAAAAUAUAGCACACGCCUUCCUGGCGCUGCUCUUCCUCUUGUCCGGCCAAUGGGUAGCGUUCCUACUAAAUGCACCACUACUGGCGUAUAACAUCAACAAGAUACGAAAUUCGAACCACAUGUACGACGCGACGGAGAUAUUCCGCACGCUUCCUGGGCACAAGAAGGAGAGCUUUGCGAAACUUGGGUUCUACCUGCUCAGCUUUUUCUACUACUUGUAUCGCAUGAUCCUCGCUCUCAUCCAGGAGAGCGAGUGA